AUGUGGGAGGUCUUAGCACAGGGAGACUACAUUCCGCUCGACGAGGUUGGCAGGGAGAUACCCAAGGCACGCUGGAAUAAUGGACAAAAAAAAAGAUUCAUGUUGAACUCUAAAGCUCGAAAUGCACUCAUCUGUGACCUAACUGAGGAAGAAUACACCAAGGUGCAUAGCUUCAAGAGUGCUAAACAAAUGUGGGAUACCCUAGCUCUAACCUAUGAGGGAUCCUUGGAGCUAGGUAAAACACAACAAGUUAAGCUUGUUGGUAGAACUUAUGAUAACUUUGAUCAUAUUGACAAAUUACUUCGCUGUCUGCCCAGGAAGUGGAGACCACAGGUCACGACAUUAAGAGCGUCCAAAAAUCUUGAAAAGCUCUUGCUUGAGGAACUCAUGGGACUAUUCAAAGUUCAUGAGCUAGAACUACAAUAA